UAUGUGUUUGUGGACUCAGGAAAAGUCCGACAAAAACGCCAAAUGAGAAGCAAGAAGGAAGUCAAAAAAUGAAUAGGAGAAGAAGAAUGCGACCAUAAAAACAACACGGGCAUCUGGCAGUCUGUUCACAAACAAGGUUACACACUUAUCCGAGAGAUCUUUCUGCUGCACAAUGACAAAUAUUUAAAAGCCUGAAUCAGCUGCUGAUAUGGUGGACCUCAGAAGCCCCCAGUCUCACAUUGGAGUGAGAGUCUGGGGAGAAUUUUGCAACAGAUUAUGGCUUUAGGAGUUCACCAUCUACAAGAAUCUGUUUCGCCGUUUAGAAAUAAGAGAUUGGAAAAUGGAGAGAGUGGCAACUGAAAGGGAGAUGGACGCCCUUACAGAUUCUGAUGAGGAGCUCUCUGAUGCUGAUUGCCCUUCACUAAAUAAGUCGAGUCGGGUGACGAGAGCAGCGGAAGACAACCGUGAGUGCACAGUGAAUGCUCAGGACAUCCCAAACCCAGCCACGCCUCACGACUCCGGAAUUGGUGAUGUGGAGUGCUGUGGCUCCACGGAGGGCAGAGAUGAUACCGAGGAGGUUUCUGACGGAAUGGAAGACGAAAGCGCUGAUGGUCACGUGAGAUCUCGAGUCAUAAAUCAAGAGGAAGAUGAAUCUGCGAAGGAGCAGCACCUCAACGGGGAGUCGACCUGGAGGAGCUUCGGAUCAGGAAGGAAGUGCAAAGUGAGGAGCAGCGCAUCAUUUUCUGACCAGAGCAAUCAAAGCGCUUUCACACCUCCCUCCUGUCAAAAAAGUGGUUUUGUGUCAAGCAGCGGCAGGCACAAGCAGGCCCGCAGACGGAAUCAUCAUCAUCAACAUCAGCUGAACCGCGGCCGCAGGCGCGCGGGCAAACAACUCGUCUUUGCUUUUAAGGAAAUGCUGUCGGAGUCUGUUAGCGUCUGGUGCAUCUCCUGUGUCCACAUGAUGAUUGAGAUUAUCGUCACCUUAACUCACAAUUGCGGCGUUGGUGUGGAGACCGGAGGUUUGAAACUUUACCGCUUGGGGCAGCAGCUCGUGGGAAAGAUCACGGACAUUCCGGGAAUGAAGGCAGAUGCCAGUCGGAUUUUAAAAUGGAUGAAAUUCACAGGCACGGAUUUGGUGGAUAAAGUUGCUCGCUCACUCAAGUGGACUAAACAAGCUGCCUUGUCGACUCUCAGACUUCUUUGUGCUCUUCUCGUGUUCGGGUCCCAGCGGGUGAGAAGGGUCUUGAUCUGGCUUGGAGGAGAGAGGGGAAAACGGUAUUGGACAACGUUCCAGGAUACACGUUUUUGGAAGCGGUUGGUGCUUUUUAUGGAAAGAGUCAGAAAGCGCUUCACGAGGGAUGGACACAUGCACACAUCUGCCUUUGAGUCACCGGGUCGAGCUGGGAGAGGCCUGCCGGGCCAGGAGCUGGAAAGACUGCUGGCACUGGCGGAGGUCCCAGAAGACGAGCUCGACCCCUUCACGGUGCUCGGCGUGGAGGUCCACGCGACUGAGGCUGAGUUGAAGAAGGCUUAUAGACAGCUGGCUGUCCAGGUCCAUCCAGACAAGAAUAAACACCCACGAGCUGGUGAGGCAUUCAAAGUACUACGGGCUGCCUGGGAUAUUGUCAGUAACCCAGAAACACGGAGAGAGUACGAAUUGAAGCGGAUGGCGGCAACCGAGCUGUCCAAGUCCAUGAACGAGUUCCUCACCAAGCUGCAGGACGAUCUGAAGGAAGCCAUGAACACCAUGAUGUGUACCAAAUGUGAAGGCAAGCACAAGCGCUUUGAGAUGGAUCGAGAACUCGCCGAGGCCCGCUUCUGUGCUGAGUGCAGUCGUCGCCAUAGCGCUGAGGAGGGGGACCUGUGGGCCGAGUCCAGCAUGUUGGGCCUGCGGAUCACGUACUUUGCCUGUAUGGACGGCAAAGUCUAUGAUAUUACAGAGUGGGCGGGUUGCCAGAGGAUCCUCAUCUCUCCGGACACACACCGCGUGCCCUAUCAUAUCUCCUUUGGCUCCAAGAACAACAGCAAUGCUGCCAGAAACAGGCCACACUCGGAGCACAGUUCCGGUCCAGGUCCAACCAACCCGGCUGACUUGCAGGACUUCUUUAACCGUAUCUUCAAGGGAGCAGCCCCCAGUGACAUGCCAGCCAAUGGUGGUUUCUUCCCCUCAGGUCCAUCUCACCCCCCGCCCGGUGGCGGAGCUUCCCCGUUCACACCUCCUCCGGGCCAGACAGGCUUCUUCAUGCCGGGGGCCCAGCGCCCUGAGCCCGGCGACCCGUGGGCCGAGGGCGGCAAACCUCCGCCUCGAAGGAAGAAGAAGGUCCGCAAGCCCUUCCAGAGGGCCUCUGACCAUGUUGGAUGAGCCCAAGCUGGCCCGAAGCAUGUUUUGUUGCAUCGAGAUGGCUCUGUGAGUUGGAGUGGUUGCCUUUUUUUCUUUUUUUGCAAAUAAGCGUUUUUGUUUAAGCAGGAUGCUGCCAUG